AUGAAGUACGUUAUGCUCCUUUACACUGGAUACGACUGUGAAUUGGCUGAAAGACUCGAAGAUUAUUUCGAGGGCAGAUUAAGAAAUAUAGCGGACAUAAGGAGUAUCACCGGAGUUUUAGCAGAGAAACAGAAACUCUCCUGGGCACUUCGCAGCAGUGACUGCGUCGUACUGUUUGCAACAAGCCAGGCUUCUUCCCUUAUCAAAGACAAGAAGCAAGAAACUGAGGAUGGUUUCCUCACGUUUGACGGCAAAGUUAUACACGACGCGUUCACAGGAAACAAAGAACUUGUGGAUAAACUGAUUAUCGUAUACCCGACGGAAAGGAGGGAAAGUGAUUGGAUCCCCGAUUGUUUUGAUGAAAAGAGAAUAUUUCAACUGAAAGGCGAAAAAAUCCAGGCAGGUCCCAUGUUAUACCAGCUCGAAUAUUCCAUAAGGCGGACUUUAGGACAGCCUUCAAUAGAUAUGUGA